AUGUCGUAAUCUUCCGGUUUAAAACCUUGUUUGCGACAAACCUCUUCAAUAAUCUGAAAAAUAGUUGGUGCCUCUCUGUAUUUUGCCAAGUUUCAAUGAUUUUUGUACCUGCAUUAUUGUCGUAUUUGCUGUACAUUUAACAGUCUGUCGACGACCGUUUGGGGCCAAAACUGAAACAGUACUACCCGACAUUUUCAAAAUGUGUUCUUAAGAAAUUAACUCUGACUAUUUUUGACUAUUCUUAGGCAAUGUUGAUGAUUUUUCAUUUUGAAGUGACAGUUAACCUACAAAUUUAACAUCACUCCAGGGCUACACUUGUAAAGGAAAUGGAAGAAAAAGAAGCUAGUCUUAUGCAAGCUACUGAAACAGAGGAAAGCGUGGACAUCGAGGCAGAACCUUUCUUCCAGGAUAUUUACAUGCUUUCCGAUCACGGAAUUUCCCUUUCUGAUGUUGAAGAAAUGCGAAAAAUCGGCAUAAACACGAUUAAAGGUCUCCAAAUGACCACAACAGACAAACUUUUGACUUUAAAAAGCUUUGAUCAGUGUAAAGUAAGCAAGAUUCAAGAAAUUUGUGGAAAUAUUUGUCUCAGCAAUCGUUUCAUGACAGCCCUUGAGGUAUUUGAAGAAAGCAAGCAAGUUUUUAAAAUAAAUAUGGGAAGUGCAAAUCUAAAUAAUUUAUUGGGCGGGGGUGUAGAGUCAAUGUCUAUUACUCAAGUUUUUGGAGAGUCUGGAACUGGAAAAACUCAAAUUGCUCAUACUCUCUGUGUCACUACGCAAAUACCGACUGAAGAAUUUUCCGGGGGCAAAGUUAUGUUUAUAGACACGGAGCAUACUUUCCGCCCCAAUCGCAUUCGUCAAAUUGCACGUCAUUUCAAUUUAAGUGAAAAUAGUGUUCUGGAGAAUAUUCUUUACGCCAGAGCUUAUAAUUCCGAGCAUCAGUAUCAGAUCCUCAAAAAUGUUGCCGAUAAGUUUCACGAAGAUACGGGUGUGUUUAAGCUUCUUAUUGUCGAUUCUAUUAUGGCUUUAUUCCGCAUUGACUUUCUGGGUAGAGGCGCACUUGUAAAUAGGCAGCAAAAAUUGACGGAAACAAUGUCACUUUUGAGAAAAAUCAGUGAAGAAUAUAAUGUCGCUGUUUUAAUAACCAAUCAAGUUUCAACAAAUAUGAAUAACAGUAAUUUUCCAUUAUUGAAUAUUGAUGAUGAACUUAAACCUCUUGGAGGGAAUGUUUUGGCUCAUUCAUCUACUACUAGAAUAGCUUUGAAAAAAGUCGCGGGAAAUGUGAGGAUAGCGAAGAUGAUUGGUAGUCCUGAGCUUGAAGAAAAGCAAGAAGCUUUUAUUAUAACUGGUGGAGGAAUACAAGAUCCUAAAUUAGAUGCAGAAUAAAUUAUUAUAAUUUAAGAGAAAAAAAAGUUAAGUUUAAGAGUAUUAAAUUGUUUUAGUUAGUUAAAAAUAAGAGUGUAUUAAAUCGUUUUGUUUUAGUUGA